CCACGCUUAAUUUGGUCCUAAAAAAAGUGGAGGGACAAGCAAGGCAUGACUAUGGCUGCUAUAUCUGUUCUAGAAGUUUUUUAUAAGUAUGAGCAACAAGAGCCAUGUGAGGUAAAUCUAUAGGUCAGAAAGCGGCCGAAUUACAGAAAAAGAAAUAUGUUGUGUUGUGCCUGAUGAUUUGACGUGAUAUAAAUACGCUUCAGAACCUCUGCUUUUCUUUACUUCUUAUAUAGUCUAUUAUUAUGGAUCCUUUAAUCUCUUAUUCCAAUGUACAUAGCAUUAUGACUUUCUACACAUUAUCAACUCUGUUUAAAAACAAAUCUUUACCAAUAGCAAAUAAAGCCAACAAGAUUACUACGUCCGCCAUUACACCAGCAUAUACGACUACACAACUCUUGAUUCAUAAUUCCCAACCUUGUACAUUUCCUCAACGCAUCAUUGAUCUAUCGAUCUUACUACAAAAUAAUUCGAAAAUACCCAUUUCUUCAACUGGUGUAGGACAUCUUACACUCAAAAAAUCCCCUAAAAGGCCAGCAUGGACUGAAUCGCAUGCCUACAUCAGAGGGUUGCGUUCAAACUGCAAUAACCUUAGAAUGAUUGUAGCAGAAGCCAGUAUGAUUCGAGCCUUGAAGAUCACAAGACCGCUAAAACCCAGGCGCUCUUAUUUGCACAAGCGCCAAGAUGAAUUUAUUUGGGGGAAAUCAAGCUCUCUAAGGGAUUGUGUAAAUAACAAAUAAAUGUCUUUUUCAAAACUGAUAUCAUUGAUCUAAACUUUCCUUUUGAUUGGUGCAAGUUUCAGGGCUCACGUGUCACUCAGAUUUCUAAUGUAAUGCUACGCACAAAAAACAAGUGUUUAUUCUUUUUUUAUGUCCUUGCGUUCUAUUGCAAGAAUAACAACUAAACAACUAUCUCCUCAUAAACCCCUCUUAUAU